AUGACGAGAACACCUAACAUCCGACGUGGCAUCCUCGCCACCAUAACCGCCACGAUUCUCCUCUCAUUCUUCCCGCCAAAUACCGUUGCGACCGUUGAGAAACAAGCUCUGUUUCGCUUCAAGAACCGUCUCAAAGACCCUCACAACCUCCUCAGAUCAUGGAAACCCUCCGACUCUCCCUGCACGUAUCACGGCGUCACGUGCCACCCACUCUCCGGCGAAGUCACCGGAAUCUCUUUAGAGAACGCGAACCUCUCCGGCUCAAUUUCUCCGGCGAUCUCGUCUCUCACAAAACUCUCCACUUUAUCUCUUCCCUUCAAUCUCAUCUCCGGGGGAAUUCCGCCGGAGAUACUCAAAUGUAAAAACCUCAGAGUACUUAACCUCACAACCAACCGUCUCUCCGGAGAGAUCCCUGACUUCUCCCAUCUUACAAACCUACAAGUCCUCGACGUAUCCGUGAAUUUCCUAGCCGGCGAGUUUCAGAGCUGGAUCGGGAACUUGACUCGGUUAGUCUCACUAGGCCUCGGCAACAAUAACUACCAACAAGGCUUGCUUCCCAAGAGUCUCAGCAACUUAAAGAAGCUGACGUGGCUCUACUUAGCUAGAUCCAACUUAACUGGAACCAUACCAGACUCCAUCUUCGAACUAAACUCUCUCGAGACUUUCGACAUCGCCAGGAACUUGAUCUCCGGUGAGUUCCCAGUCUCGAUCACGAGACUGGUGAAUCUCACCAAAAUCGAGCUGUACGACAACAGACUCUCCGGUGAGAUCCCACCGGAGAUCAAGAACCUGACUCGUCUCCGAGAACUCGACGUCUCUCUGAAUCAGCUACAUGGUGCGUUACCUCGUGAACUCGGAACUCUCAAGGAGCUGAGAGUCUUCCACUGUCAUCAGAACAACUUCACCGGCAACUUCCCUCCCGGUUUCGGAGAAAUGCGUUUCCUCUCUUCGUUAUCAAUCUACAGAAACAACUUCUCCGGUAACUUUCCGGCGAACACCGGCCGGUUCUCGCCGUUGGAUACGGUUGACAUAUCCGAGAACCGGUUCACAGGUCCGUUCCCGCGCUUCUUAUGCGAAAACAAUAAGUUAAAGUUCUUGCUCGCCUUAGAGAAUGAUUUCUCCGGCGAGAUUCCGGGACCUUACGCCGGUUGCAAGUCUCUUUUGAGACUCAGGAUUAACCAGAACCGGUUUACUGGUCACGUUCCCGAAGGUUUCUGGUCUCUGCCGUUAGCUAAGAUGAUUGAUCUCAGCGAUAACCGUCUCACCGGAGAGAUCUCUCCUCAGAUCGGACUUUCGACGGAGCUGAGUCAGCUGAUCUUGCAGAACAAUAGAUUCUCCGGUAAGAUUCCGGCGGAGGUGGGGAAGCUGAGGAAUAUAGAGAGGAUUUAUCUGAGCAACAACAGUUUUUCCGGGGAGAUUCCGACGGAGCUUGGAGAUUUGAAGCAGCUGUCUUCACUCCAUCUUGAGAACAAUUCAUUAACAGGUUUUAUACCCUUAGGGUUGAUAAACUGCGUCAGGCUUGUUGAUCUGAAUCUUGCUACGAACUCAUUAACCGGAGAGAUCCCUAAUGGUUUAUCUCAGAUCGGUUCUUUAAACUCGUUGGACCUCUCAGGGAACAUGCUAACGGGGGAGAUCCCGGUGAAUCUAGUGAAGUUGAAGCUGAGUUUUAUAGAUUUGUCUGAGAAUCAACUCUCCGGGAGAAUACCACCGGAUCUUUUGGCAGUGGGAGGAACCGUUGCCUUCUCACGGAACGAGAAGCUUUGUGUGGACAACCGUGACGUCAAAGCAAGCGAGAAACAUGUUUUGAGUUUAUGUAAUGAUGACCAACACGUGCACAAGAAUCGAUCACUAGACGGAACUCUCUUGUUCUUGGCUCUUGCAAUAGCAUUAGUAGUGCUAGUCACUGGUCUUUUCUCGUUGCGGUAUAGAGUUGUGAAGAUACGUGAGGAAAAUAAAGAUAUCAAGAAAGCGGAUGGGAAGUGGAAGAUUGCGUCUUUUCAUCAGAUGGAGCUUGAUGCUGAGGAGAUUUGUAGAUUGGAGGAAGGUCAUGUGAUAGGAGCUGGAAGUGCGGGUAAAGUGUACCGUGUUGAUUUGAAAAAAGGUGGUGGGACAGUGGCGGUUAAGUGGUUGAGAAGAGGUGGAGAAGAAGAGAGCAAUGAAACAGAGGUCUCUGUUUCAGAAAUGGAGAUUCUUGGGAAGAUUAGACACAGAAACGUGUUGAAACUCUAUGCUUGUUUGGUCGGAAGAGGCUCUAGCUAUUUGGUGUUUGAGUUCAUGGAGAAUGGGAACUUGUAUCAAGCUCUUCGUCGGAGUAUUAAAGGUGGAUUACCUGAAUUAGAUUGGCUCAAGAGGUAUACAAUCGCGGUAGGGGCGGCUAAAGGAAUCGCUUAUUUGCAUCAUGAUUGUUGCCCUCCCAUCAUUCACAGAGAUAUAAAGUCUAGUAAUAUUUUACUUGAUGGAGAUUAUGAGUCGAAAAUCGCGGAUUUUGGAGUUGCAAAAGUUGCUGACAAGGGAUAUGAAUGGAGCUGUGUUGCUGGGACUCAUGGCUAUAUGGCGCCUGGUGAGUUUUCUGAAGUUUCUACUUAA